AUGGACGAAGCAUCCGAGACUGCCCAAGAUGAUGGAGUCCCGGCAUCCCCAACUGACCUGCCACAGGUCAUCACCAUCGCUCCGAAGGGCGAUAUCCUCCUGGACGUGACCUUCGAGACGUCCAAGUCAACUCUGAAGGCAGCCCGCGCCGCCCUUCCCAAGCAUCGCCCCGCCCAGCGCGACCCACCCGCGCCCCAGCCGCUGUUGAAGCCCCGGAUUCACCUUGCCUACCGUGUGGACCUCUCCACGCUCAAGAAACACUCGAGGUAUUUCACGAACCUGCUGACCGAUACGCGCUUCCAAGAAGCCCGCGCCAUCGAGUCAAGGUUCCGCGACCUGUCCCUGCGCAACGAGAAGCCGGCAGACGUCGACUCCGACCAGCUGCCCCGCGUCGUCAUCGUCGACGACGACGAGGCUACGCGCUCCGCCGGCCGCGAGGAUGUCUUUCGGGAUCUGCUGAGGAUCCUGCACGGUGGCGGCAUCACCACGAGGCCCGUGACCAUGCUGUAUGUGGCGACCAUGGCGGUUAUGGCCGAUCGCUUCGCCUGCGCCCCCACCGUCUCGCGUUAUCUAGCCACAGGGCUCAAGUUCAAGUGGCCUGCCACGCCCCAGCCCAAGCCGAGCGCGGAGGUGGAGGGCAUGACGAGCCUCAGUAUUGCUGAGGAGGAGAUCCUGCGCCAGAAGGCACUUGUUUCGUGGCUGCUUGACCAUCCACUCAAGUUUCAGGCGGCUACGCGGGAGCUGGUCCUCUACGGCUCCCACGGCUGGGCUGCGGUCGGCGACGAGGAAGAUGAGGGCGCGGGCCCCGAGCCCCUCAAGCAGCCCGAGUCGUCUCGUCGAGAUGCUCUGUGGUGGUAUCUUGAAAUGGAGGAGGAGCUUCACUACCGCCGUACCCUCAUCCUCAGGACGUUGGCCUCUAUAGUAGGGCACUUUCUCCGCCUCUACUCCUCCCGUGCGCGCCAGUGCAAGCUCGGCUACGACUCGAGCGCGGCCUGCGACUCAUUCCAGCUGGGAGAGAUGGUCAAGUUCUUCACGGCCAAGAACCUGCUGUUCCUCGUAAACUUCUCUCCCUCUUCGCAGGACAGCGUCAAGGACUUUGCAGCCGUGGACGUGAGCUCGGUCCUGGCGGCGCUGCGGCAGAGCCCUCACUACCAGAUAGACAAGAACCACACCAACUGCGGGCUCAGAUCCAAGAUCACGCCGAUCCUCGAGUAUGUCCAGGUGAUGCUGAGCUCUAAUGUCGUCGGUGUGAACCUGCAGGCGUGGAAGAAGGAGCCAAAGGCCGCGACGUGGAUCGCAGCGUCGGGCGGGGGUGCAGACGCCGACAGGGGCAAGCCGGGCCGGAAGAAGGACUUCACCGUCGGGUCCGCCGGUGGAGAAGGCAGGGACCCCGGGAGGAGCAAGGUGUUCCGCUUCACGAGGUCUCUCGCCCAGGACCAGCGGCUUAGGUACGAAGGCGCCAUGGCAGCUGACCGGAUGGCUCUGGAGCUAUUCAUGGCAGAGGAGUGGGACUGGACGCCAGAGGACGACAUGGGCGCCGGGGGCAGGGAAUUUGCGACGACUAAAUGGCUCAAGUGA